AUGAAGUUCGUCCUCGCAUCGGUCCUCUGCACCGCCCUGGUGUCUGCCUUCCCAAUGGCAGAUCCAGAGCCGGUUCUGGAUUGGCGACAGGCUGCUGAGAGCAUCAACGACAAGUUCGUCGCCAAGGGCAAGAAGUACUUUGGCACCUGCGCAGACCAAAGCCGCCUUGGUGCUGGAUCCAAUGCUGCCAUUAUCAAGGCCAAUUUUGGUCAGGUCACCCCUGAGAACAGCAUGAAAUGGGACUCCACGGAAGCAUCCAAGGGUAGCUUCAAAUUCGAUGGCGCAGACUACCUUGUCAAGUUCGCCACAGAGAACAACAAGCUCAUCCGUGGUCACACAACGGUCUGGCACUCGCAGCUUCCGGGAUGGGUCUCGUCGAUCCGUGACAAGACACAGUUGACGGAAGCCAUGAAGAACCAUAUUACGACCGUCAUUGGGCGCUACAAGGGCAAGAUUUACGCUUGGGAUGUUGUCAACGAGAUCUUCGAUGAGAAUGGCGGCUUCCGUUCUUCCGUCUUCUACAAUGUCCUUGGACAGGACUUUGUUAAGAUUGCGUUUGAGACUGCGAAAGCCGCGGAUCCAGAUGCUAAGUUGUAUAUCAAUGAUUACAACCUGGACACUGCCACCUACGCCAAAACCCAAGGUAUGAUCAAGAACGUUAAAGCCUGGAUCGCCGCAGGAGUUCCUAUCGACGGCAUUGGAUCUCAAUCUCAUCUUAACGGAAACCAAGCCGCCGGCACCGCCGCUGCCAUGGCCGCUCUUUGCGCUGCGGCGCCGGAGUGUGGUAUCACCGAGCUCGACAUACAGAGUGGCAGCAACCAGAACUGGAUAGACGUGGUUAAUGCCUGUGUGAAGGUUUCCAAUUGUGUGGGCAUCACCGUUUGGGGCGUCCGUGAUCCGGAUUCGUGGAGACCAAGUGGGAACCCAUUGCUGUUUGAUUCGAGCUACAAGGCGAAGGCAAACUACAAUGCAAUUGUUCAGGCACUAUCCUGA